UUCACAGUAUAUCAUACAGGGCUCUAAGUAACUGGAGAAUUCUUAGAACUUUCUUGAUCUAACUUUAAAUCUCAGAAACUAUUGUUUGCAUCUAGUACUCAGAAAAAAAGGCAUCUGUCAUUCUUACAAGCAUGUCUUCAUCUGCAGAAACUAGACACAUAUACCUGAUGCAGAAGACAUCCUGUAUUGAUCAAGAGCCCAGAAGGGAGAGAGUGCCUACAUUUUCCAUACGUUGUUAUGAGCCAAAGGACUACCAUGUGGUGCGGCAGAUGUUUAAAUGCUGCUGUUUGGAACUCGUCAUGCCAGGAUUUAGGUGGUCCUUGAGGCAGCCUGCCAGUAUUGCCUUGUUCCUUGUCUGUGGUAGCAUUAGUUAUGCUCUGACAUACUCUCUAUGGUAUGUCAUUUUGGCAGCAACUGCCCUGGCUGCUGUCAUGUACUAUGCAUGCUGGAGAAUUUUCACCGACUUUAUGAAACUAAAACUACAGACUGAAAUGGGAAAUAUUGAAAAGUAUUAUAUAAAGCCCCCUGGAUCAUGCUUUUGGGUGGCAGAGGCAGACGGAAAAGUGAUAGGGACAAUUGCUGUUAAGAGGCUACCCGAACAUCAAGAAGCUUGUGAACUGUUUCGCAUGUUUGUUCAACAUAAAUUUUGUCGCUGUGGACUUGCAAAGAAGCUAUUAGAAACUGCAUUUGAAUUUGCCAAAGAUUAUGGAUAUAAAACAUGUCAUGUGCAGACAAAUAUUACGCAAGUUCCAGCAGUGUACAUGUAUAAAAAAAUGGGAUUUCAGCAAUAUGGCAAAUGUCAUCUUAUAGGCUCUUGUCUUACUUUCCUUACACAAAUUUCUGACCUAAGGCUUAAGAAAGCAAUUUAAAGAAACUGGUUAUGUUAUGAUGUAUGAAUAGUGUCUAUUGAAUAACAGAUCUGAGGUAGAGUUGUUAAGCUACUUAUAGUUGUUUUUUUUUUACUAAGCCUAUAACUCAUUAUAAAGUGCUUUAUAUGCUAUCUUGCAAUACAGCAGGGUCAUUACUUUUCUAUAUGAACUAGCUCGUGGAACUUUACAUUUGCUAUAGUACUGCAAUUUAUUUCAGAUCUGCAUUAGUGGGCUGUGAGAAUGUCUGAGAUUUGCUUGGUGAAAUAAGGCUCUGUCCAGCCAGUUGCUUGGCAGAGGGUGUCAUUGACAUAGGAAUGGAGGAAUUGGUCAGUAUUUAUCCCUCAUCAUCAUCAGUGUGAUGGCCUUUCUUUACCGUGGGCCAGAAAUCAAGGAGGCUCAAUCCUCACCACUGACAUCAGUGAGAGACAGUCACUAAAACAGGAAUGGAUUUACACAGUAUUUCAAAUGCAGCUUUCUGCAUCAAGCACAGUUUCCCCCCAAGAGCCCACAGGGAACCCGCUUCAGACCUGAGACGGAAGAAUCUAUUUCCCCAGAUCCCAAACAAGACUCAGUUUGGAGUGCUGUGUCCCAGUUCCAAGUAGCUGACACACCCAUACCUGGGUAUUUUUUUUC